CACCGCCCAUCGACAACACCGCGAGGAUGCCCAAGGAAGUCAAGCAGAGGUCCGGCAUUGCCGUUGGCCUUAAUGCUGGCCACAAAGUCACUCCCCGCCAACCAAAGCCACGUGUGUCGCGCAUGAAGGGACACCUCAGCAAGAGAACUGCUUUCGUUCGGGACAUCGUCAAGGAGGUCGCUGGCCUCGCACCAUACGAGCGCCGCGUCAUCGAACUUCUCCGCAACAGCAAGGACAAGCGUGCCCGCAAGCUUGCAAAGAAGAGACUCGGUACUUUCGGCCGUGCGAAGAGAAAGGUCGACGAGAUGACCAAGGUCAUCGCUGAGAGCAGGAGAGUUGGCCACUAAACGAUUCACUGCUGCUACUUCGAUGAAAUGGGAAUAAGGUGCAGAGGCAUGAAGGCGCAACACGGCAGGGUUUGACACAUGAUGCCGCGAUGCUUGGCCGCGACCAGCGCUAGGUCACAUCACACUACAGGCAUGCGGCUACCGGUUCGAUGGCGCUCAUACUGAAUGAAAAUGCAUUGAAAGUCCAGUCUUCUCCACCUGCUUUCCAAUUGUGCCGGGCGGUCAUGCCUGUUCGUUCUACUGACCUGUUCAAGUGCGGUUCCAUGCCUCGAAGAUGCCUCGCAAAUACUGGUGCAUAAUUUACCGUUUUUCUUCUGCGAAAUGAGCUCCACGCUCUCUGGACUGGCCAACUCGCAGCUCGCCACGAAGGUUCUAUUCCUUGGACGAAAGCAACAUGCAGCCAGUACGAAACAGGCUGGGUACGCGUUGAUCUAUUGAGCGACCUCUUACCCACGAAACCCGUCUACCUCCGAAACA